AUGGCGGAAUGCCUUGGUAGAAAUCUACAAAGAAUGGUUGAGCAGGGGUCCAUAAUGGGUUUGAAGCCCUCCUCAAGCAAUAUGGUUUAUACUCAUCAACAGUUCAUGGAUGAUACCAUCCUAAUGGGGAGAUCCACUAUGGUUGAAGCUAGGAACAUGAGAAAAGCCCUAGAUGAUUAUGAGUUGGCUUCUGGUCAAAUGGUGAAUAGGCAGAAAAGCUCCAUAUUUUUCUUCAACACCUUGAAGCCUAGGCAAAAGAAAAUGGCCAAAAUUCUUAAAUGGAGAAUUGAAUCUCUACCCUCUAUUUAUAUGGGUUUUCAUUUGGGUCUUAAGCCCCCUGACUCUUUUUGGAAUGUGUUGAUUGACAGAUUCAGUGAACAGCUAGCUGGUUGGAAGGGUGCUCUUCUCAGUCAAGCAUGCAAGAUUCAACUUCUUAAGGCUACACUCUAG